CAAACUGAACCAAAAGCCAUACAAACAAAGAAAAGACUUGUACAGCAAAAGACUUAGAGAGAGAGAGAGAGAGAGAGAGAGAGCGACGGGCUACUUGCAAGAAACAAGAACCUCACUUCUACAACGAUUUGGUCUCCUCCCAUGGCUUUGAUUCAAUCCCCUUAAUGAUUUUAGCUUCAGUCUCCCUGCUAAUCAGAAAAACAAGAACCUCAUUUCGGCGUUCAAGAUGAUUGCAUACCUAGAGAGAUUCAUCCACGAGAACGACACUGAAUCUAUACAAGACGACCGCCUGCCCCCCAUAUGCCAAUCUCUAGACCUCCAAGGCAGCAUCAAUUGCGUGGCUACUGGCUUAGCUGGUAAAGAUUUUGGCGGCAUGUAUUCUUUUAAUCCCUUGGCUAUAAUCAGGCCAGCUGGAGCCGAUGACGUAGCGAGGGUAGUCAAAGCAGCGUACCGGUCACCUAAUAUGACGGUGGCAGCGAGAGGUAAUGGCCACUCCAUCAACGGUCAAGCCAUGGCCGAUGGUGGUGUCGUGAUAGACAUGCGCUCCACUGGAGAUAACUACUUCAAGAUUGUGAGAAUGAAUGGGGAAAUCUUUGUUGAUGUGUCCGGAGGGGCAUUAUGGGAAGAUGUGCUAAUACGGUGCGUUUCCGGGUUCAAUCUUGCUCCUAGGUCGUGGACUGAUUAUCUCGGGCUAACCGUUGGGGGGACGUUAUCUAACGCCGGCGUUAGUGGGCAAGCCUUCCGUUACGGACCGCAAACGUCAAACGCGAGAGAGUUGGACGUGGUAACGGGAAAAGGCGACAUAUUGACAUGCUCCGAAACGGAAAAUUCUGAACUCUUCUUCGGAGCCUUGGGUGGUCUGGGUCAGUUCGGUAUCAUAACCAGGGCCAGAGUGAAGUUGCAGUCAGCACCGGACAUGGUGAGAUGGAUAAGACUGGUGUAUUCCGAGUUCGAAGACUUCACCAGGGACGCAGAGUGGCUGGUCACUCGUCCAGACGGCAUGUCGUUCGAUUACGUUGAAGGGUUCGUGUUCGUGAACAAUGAUGACCCCGUAAACGGUUGGUCUUCGGUGCCGUUGGACCCAGACUGGGGGUUUGACCAGACCGCCAUUCCUCCAACCGCCGGCUCUGUUCUUUACUGCCUUGAAGUGGCUCUACACUAUCAAAACAGUGACCAUCCAUCAGCCGUUGAUACGGUUGUAAACAGCUUGCUUGGACGGCUACGAUUUAUCGAGGAUUUAAAGUUCCAAGUGGACAUCACCUACGUGGAAUUUAUAUUGCGUGUGAAACAAGUGGAGGAACACGCCAGGGCCAAUGAGAUAUGGGACUCUCCUCACCCUUGGCUCAAUUUGUUUGUAUCAAAGAAAGAUAUCGUUGAUUUUGAUCGUAUGGUGUUUAAGAGGCUUUUGAAGGAAGGCAUCGGUGGGCCCAUGCUGAUCUACCCACUGCUGCGAAGCAAGUGGGAUAAUCGGACGUCCGUGAAAAUACCAGAUGAAGGGGAAAUCUUUUAUUUAGUGGCGUUGCUCAGAUUCACUCCUCCAUACUCAAAGGGCUCUUAUGUUGAGAAAUUGGCAUCUCAAAACCAAGAGAUUGUCCAAUUAUGUGUUAAGAAUGGUUUUGAUUUCAAGUUGUAUCUCCCCCAUUACCACUCUCAAGAUGACUGGAAACGACACUUUGGAAACCAAUGGUCAAGAUUUGUGGACAGGAAGGCCAGUUUUGAUCCCAUGGCUAUACUUGCACCUGGGCAAAAAAUUUUUAAGAGGGUCAUCUCUCACUCCUAGUACUCAAUAGCUAUAUGGAUGUUUAGAUGAAAUUGUAGUUUUUUUUCCCCCUUCUUGGAAUCUAUUUUGAUGCUAGUGGUGGGUCUUGCACACACCUUUGCAAUUACUUGACAAACAACAUAUUGAUGCAAUGUAAAGGAAUAUUUUUGAAAAAAAAAAAGACAAAUAUUUUUGAUA